AUGUCGAAUCGAUACGACCGACCUCCUCCCCGCGAGGGCAAUGGCUACGGCAACUUUGGCCGCUCCAAUGACGAUUAUAGAUCUGGUUAUCAAGAUGGAUACGGAAGCGAGCGAUAUGCCACGCCGCCAACUACACAGCAACCGCGACCAAAGCCCAGCCUUCGCCAGAUGUCGUCGAGGGGACGUAUACCACAAGUCCAGUCGCAGGGACAAUCGCAACCCUCAGAUACCCACGCUUCACGGCAAAUUACCGAGGUUUUAGACCAUAUCAAACAAGAGUGGCCUUCAAUGUGCCAAGACGACUGUAUCCCCGUACAACUGGCGCUGCAGCUGCUCGACAAGAGCUCGGUUGGUCGCGCCCACGAAUAUGGCCAGUUUCAGCAGUCGCAUAACUUUCUACAAGAGUCUCUCAAAGGAAUUGUUCAUGAACAUCAUCAGGGCUUCAAUAGUUCGAUUGGUACAUUUCAUAAAAUUCAAAGCAGCAUCCAGCAGUCUCAAAAACGAGUACGUGCUCUAAAGGAGUCGCUGGCUAGCUCGAAAACGAGUCUUUGUGCAACAGACCCAGAGCUGAAGAAGCUCUCCAAAUCAUCUCAAGAAUUCGAUGCUCUUGUACAGACGCUUAAUGAGCUCGAUGAUCUACGUGCUGUACCGGAUCAGCUUGAGGCAAGGAUAUCUGAGAAGCGUUUCUUGACGGCUGUAGAAGUACUGCAGAAUGCUCUCCGGAAACUACGAAAGCCCGAACUUGACGACAUUGGUGCUCUUGCUGAUCUGAGAAGUUACCUUGCCAACCAGGAGACUGCUUUAAUGGAUAUCCUGGUAGAGGAGCUGCAUGAGCAUCUCUAUCUCAAGUCCCCAUAUUGCCAGGAAAGAUGGCAGAACUUAGCUAAGACGCAAGGCGCCGUCACAGAAGGCUACACUGACAUCAAGCCUAUUGCCCCAUUCCAUAUGGUACUCGAUGCCAUCGAUGUCGACAAGACAGUCAGAGAGGAUCCGAUGAAAAACCCUGAGGCCGAUACAUUCUAUUAUGUUGGGCUAUUAGUUGAGUCUCUGAACAGGCUGGGCCGGUUGCAAAAUGCUGUGGAGACUCUUAAGCAACGACUGCCAGUUGAACUCUUUACUAUCGUCAACGAGACUAUUAACGAAGUGGAUCAAAGACAUCCUAGUUCGCUGAGGGGUGGCUCAGUCAGAGGUGAUGGCCUCCAUGUGUAUGGAACACGUGAAACGCAAAUGCGGGCAGAUGUCAUUUACGACCUUCUGUGGUCGCUAUAUGGCAAGUUUGAGGCGAUUGGAGAAGGCCAUCGCAUUUUCCAUGAAUCUAUCAAGGUUCUUAUCCGAAGAGAAGGCGCUGGUAAUAACAGCGCCCUCCUCGGCAGCUUCAAGGAGUUGUGGAAUCUUUACCAGAACGAGAUUCGAUCUUUACUGCACAAUUACGUUACAACAGACGCAGAUGUCUAUCAGUUCGAUUCUCCAACCCCGGGAGAUACUCUUCACGGCAAAAAGGAUGUGCGAGAGCACCUGUUCAAGUUCUCAGAGGCCAACACAAAAUCCGUUGAAAUGACGACCGAAUACGAUGCCCUUGAUAACAUUAUUCAGGAUGCUGUUCCUGGGCUGAAACAAGACAGGAAAGGGCGGAGCGCGCCCGAAGGAGGGAGAAGAGGCGGUGAUGGCGGUCUCGGAAACAGUCAUCAAACAACAGGUUCAUACAAAUCGCUGGUAGAGCCAAGUGUUUUCAACAUGAGUUUGCUGCUACCACCGACGUUGGUAUUCCUACAGCGACUAAAGAAUAUUGUGCCCCCUGGCUCGGAUCUUGCGGCAAGCACAUUGACCACAUUCUUGGACAAUUUCCUGGUCAACGUCUUCCAGCCGCAGCUAGAUGAAACUCUGGCAAAACUGAGCGACACUGUGUUUGGGGAGGCAGACGCGUUUUCACAAGAUUCGGAGUGGAGUCAGGUCGCACGUCGACCUGUCUUCCGGGGAACGACUGCCUUCUUCGAGGUUGUCACAGCUUUCUGUCGUAUGCUGGGCACAAUCCCUCCAGAUCAGGCUCUCAGUUCACUGAUCGUAACCCAAAUGAUGCGAUACUACGACCGCUGCUUCAGCUGGUUCAAGACACUUGUUGUCAAAGCGCAAGAUCAAACCACAGAGAUUAGCAAUGAGAACUUGAGAUCAUCGGCGAGGUUCGCCCUGGAUCAAGGAGAACUGCAAGAAACCAUGAAAAAGCUUUUUACGGCAGACGAUAUGGACUGGGAGCUCGCCGAAAAGGAGAUUCACCUCUUGAUGGAGCUCACAAACGAAUCGCCACUCGAUUCAGGCGAUGUUAUCCAAGACAGAGACUCUAUCUCGUCUCUCUGUCUUUUGUACACCAGCAUGAAAUGGCUUGCCGUCAAGAUUGCCGGCCUCCGUCAAAUCACAACGCACGAUACGGAUACCUCACGACAGAACCUGCCUCGACAUUCAGGCCGACGAUGGACUCUUAUGAACGAGCCCAGUAAGGGUUCCGGUGAAGAGGGACCUGUGUCUCUGCCGCUGACGCAGGAGACUGUACAGGCAUUUGACAGUAUCGUGUCGUCCUUUGAGGAACUAGCAGGAACAGCACUACUCACCCUCCAUAUGGAGAUCCGAUGUCGCAUAGUCCACUCUCUCAGCAUCGCGUUAUCGCCCACAGUGGCACCCUACCUCCUCGACCAGGAAGUGAGCGAACCUGAUCCACAAAUUCUUAAUCUCAACUCGGAAUUGGUAUUCUUUGACGAGACCAUCGUGAAAUUCCUAAGAGAGAAGGAAAUUGCCUUUAUCAGGACAGGCCUAGGACUUCUCAUCAAUUGUUACCUUGUCAGCAACGCAGGCAAGGCAUCGCCGAUGAACGACAAGGGCUGCGGUCGUAUGCAGCUCAACAUCCUCGUACUGCAGCAAAACCUGAAGAACGUGGAAGAGGGCGUGGACCUGGCGCGUGCAGCAAAUUACUUUUCUCUCUUCGAACAAGGUGCGGAUGCUAUCGUGGAGAAGGCAAAGGAGGACAAGGAACAGCAACGGGGCACGAGCGCGCAAGACCCCGACAACUUUUCUUACGACGAGUUGAAGGCACUGGUCGAGCUAUGCUAUAGUGAGGCCAUGGCUGAUCCCGAGCGAGGAAUCGCCACGGCAGCUAAGAGACAAAUGCAAGACAAACUGCUUGGUCUUAGUGAGCACAUGUGGCAGACAUAG